AUUCACCGUUUUCCUUAUUCGCUCGGAGCGCAAUGCAUUCUGGUACUUGUAGUUAACAACAACACGGCAAUCGGCGCGCUCUUCAAAUCAUUGCAAAUAUCGCUCAAUCGCACUGUACGGCUGUUUACGAUUUAAAAGAUGGAUAACCCUUCAAUUACCAAAGAAACAAAUACAGAUACUUCUUCAAACAAUCGCCCUAGUUUUUUUCAAAACUCUAGCCCGGGGCAACUCGCUGUACUACACCAAAAGCCAGAAGCUGUCGAUAUGGGAAGAGUCCUAAGAGUAGGCCUAUGUGAUGAGAUCCCUAAAAAGCAAUCAAAAGCUGGUGGAUUCACGUGUUGCGUGCCAGGUUGUUUCAACAAUAGCAAAAGAAACCCAGCUCUUAGUUUCUACCAGUUUCCGUUUGGAAAUCGGCAAGAGAAGAUCGACCUGAGGAAAAGAUGGAUAUCCCUCAUCAGUCGCAAGGACUUCAAACCAACGAAUGGACACAGGGUUUGUUCGGUACACUUCGUUGGUGGAAAAAAGACUUACAUGAGCAACGUGCCGCUCAUCGUUCCAAAGGCAACUCGUCCCAGCAUACCAAAACCAAGAGCAACAUUUAAAUGUCGUAACAGAGCCCUCACGGAAGAACGAUUCGAUCGGGAAAAACUUGUCGAAGUAAUUGCAAAUGGUGAUGAGAACUUACCUGAGGCAGUUAAUUCUGACAACCAGGCAAAUGAGCUUGCUGCUCUGAGGAAGCAAAUGGAAGCAAGGGAAAGACAGCACAAAGAUGAAAUAGAAUCUCUUACAAAAAUAUUGGGUCAGGCUAAAAAAGAGAAUGAAUCAAUGAAAGCAAAGAUUAAACAAGUAUCAUUUCAUGUUGAUGAUAUAAAGGAUGAUACUGAACUAUUUCAUUUUUAUACUGGUUUCCAAGAUCAUGAAACAUUUCUGAUAUUUUUUGAUUUUCUAAUGCCAGCAGCAGAGAAGCUUAUAUACUACAAGUCAAACACAAAUGCAGAUACAAUUUGCCUUGAGAAUCCAAAGCGUGGACCAAAGAGAACACUGGCACUAGAGCAAGAGUUGUUUCUUGUCCUUGUACGUUUACGGUGUGGACUUUUAGAAAAAGACAUAGCUUACAGGGCAGGUAUUUCUGUUGGGCAUUUUUCUAGGAUCUUCAUCACCUGGAUUGAUUUCCUAUAUACAAGGCUUAGACAGCUGCCAAUAUGGGCAUCAAGGUCAACUAUUGAUGAAACAAUGCCAAAUGCAUUCAAAGAAAUGUACCCAAGUACACGUGUGAUAUUGGAUGCUACUGAAAUAUUCAUGGAAAUGCCUAGUUCACUCAGGUCACAGAGUGAAACAUACUCUAACUACAAACAUUGCAAUACUGCAAAGGGCUUGCUUGGUAUUGCACCUUCAGGUGCAGUAACAUUUGUGUCACACCUAUAUGCUGGCAGAUGCAGUGACAAAGCAGUCACAAGGGAUUGUGGUAUCCUUAACCUUUUGGAAGCAGGUGAUACAAUCAUGGCUGACAAAGGGUUUAACAUAGAAGAUGAUCUUCCACCACAAACAGGGCUGAAUAUACCCCCUUUUCUCAAGGAAAAAGCUUCAUUGACAUUAGAAGAAGAAACAGAAACCAGAAGAAUUGCCUCCCUACGUGUACAUGUUGAGCGAGCCAUUAGACGAAUAAAAACUUUUAAGUUACUGAAAACAAUAUUUCCAAUUUCAAUGUCUGCUAAUUUGGAUAAAGUAUGGGUGGUUUGUGCAUAUCUAUCAAACUUUUUACCACCACUUAUAGCUAAGAAAUAAAUGUGAUUUCAUACAAUUGAAAAAUUUUUUUUGUCUUUGUAUCACUGUUUUUUAGGAAAUUUCUUUUAUCAUUAAAUUAAAUGGAAAUACACUUUUCAUCAAUUAACUUGGGCAAUGGUUUUAAAUUUUUUGCAUUUCAAUUUAGGAAGUGAGAGGAAAUUGUCUCCUGUGUCACAAAAUAAUUUUGCCCCUACCCCACCUACAACUGUAGCAUUUGAUGACUGUAGCAUUUCCUUAAACAUAGCCAUUACACCAUUUAAACUCUAAUUUGAUUUCAGCUCAGCUCUAGAAAUUCAGUUUGUUUGUUUUUUUUCAUGAUCAGAGAAUUUUGGAGAUGAAAAAAUUGUCCUGACUUGUAAAUUUUCCCAUUAAGACAUGACAUUCUAACCAAUGCCAAAAUGACAUAGCAGUUAUUUAAAAGCAGUAAAAACAGAUUUCAUUUGGCUUCAACGCAUCAUAAAUAUCAUAUAUUUUAAUUUAUAUCAACAUAAAUGUUUCAAAAAAUGUUGCUAACUUUGGUAACAUUACAGUUUUCCAAAAAUGACAGUCACAUUCUAAACGUUGCACAUAUAUAUCUAUGUCAGUAUAAACAAUAAUGUCUAGCCAUGAAAGGCCAAUUAUGUUCAUUAUUCCUUGGCAUUGAUAAUAAUAAUGAUGCUUUUCUUUCAAAUUUUGCCCAGAUCCUGAAUCUCCCAUGAAAAAGUUUUUAUCUUGGCAUGAAUCUUGAACAGUUAAGUUCCUUUUUGUGUAAGGGCACUUAAUCUCUAUGCCGCCUACAAGCAUCCCAUCUUGAAUUGUCAAUCCAUCAGGGCU